AUGAUAAGUAUGGACUGCGCCCCACAAAUAGCCGAGGCAAUUGAGCGAGGUAUUCCAAACUGUCAUAUUCUUUGGUGUGGCGUGCAUGUCCUUCGCGCCAUAUUAAGAAAAGCGGAUAAGUUUAAAUCACGAGACAAUUUUGAAGAAUUUUAUAAUCUAAUGAAAUUAUUAGUAUUCGAUACUAAAGAAGAAUCUCCCGAGGAAGAACAGAACCAAGAAGAAGAAAAUCCUAGAGAGGAACCAGCUCAAUCUCACUUACUUCAAGCAGAAGAAAUUGAAGAAGAGGAACAAUAUGAAGAAGAAUUCAUCGAAAAUGAAUUUCAACCUUCUCAAAUCUUUUUACCACGAGAAUCUUCUGAUGGUCCAAACGAUUCUGAAUUUAUUCCAGAAGAAGAAACGUUUGAAACAAGUGAAGAAGUUCCAGAGCACCUCACUCAAGAAGAAGCUGCAGACCUAGAUGCAGUUUAUGAUCGAAUUCUUGAAAUUCUUUCCACUGAACCGAAAGCCCAAAAGUACUUCGAUAGGCAAUGGAGGCAUCAUUUAGAUCGUUGA